AUGUUUUCGAUGGUUAAAAGAUUCUCAAUUUUCAAUAGAAAUACUUUAUCAUUAUUUUCACAACGUAUAUAUUUUGAUAGAACUCGUUCUCUUUCAGAUGUUAGCACGAUGUAUAAUGAAGAAUUAGAGCAAAAAGAGAUUACACAAAACAAUAAUCAAAAAGAUGUAAUAACACCAGCAUUAUACGCUUUUGCGGCGCGUAUGCAUCUUGAUUUUUCUGACCCAAAAAUAUUAUUACAAGCCGUCACGCACAAAAGUUUUACAGAUACUAAUUUACCAUCAAACAAAAGUUUUAAAGAACUAGGGAAUUGCGCAAUACAGUUGUACCUUACAGAAUAUUUUCACAUAAAGUAUCCACUAUUACAUACAAAUUAUUUGAAAGAUGUGGUGGAGGUUUAUAAUGGGAGAAGUACACUAGCGACACUUGGUCACGAGAUUGGAUUAAAUUAUGUUGUGAGGUGGAACAAGUCGACAGAUGUAUUUAGCACUCCUGAAAAUGAUGGACAAUCGGAAUCUACGGAUACAAAUGAAUCCCAAGUUGCGUAUAAAUCACGGAAAGUUACUUAUACGAUAGGUCGUGUUGUGGCACAAGCCGUACAAGCUAUUGUUGGCGCAUUGUAUUUGGACAAGGGACCAAAUUCCGCACAAACAUUUGUUCACGAUCACUUAUUAUCAAGAGAAUUUGCCAUUCAAAAAUUAUAUGAUGUUAAAGAACCGAAGAGACAUUUAUCUGCGCUGAUGAAACGUCUUGAACGGGAUCAACCUAUAUCUAGGCAUUUAUAUAUUCCUUAUAUUGUUAGAUUAUUACAUGAAGCCGGUCGUAAAACAAAAGAACCUAUUUUCGUUAUCGGUACAUAUUCAGGUACCGAAAAAUUAGCUGAAGGUUUUGGAAGUAGCAUUAAAAUGGCCGAACACAGAGCAGCAAAGAAUGCUUUAUUAAAUCAUUAUUUUAAAGAAAUUAAAGAUUUUACGUUACCAUCUACUAUCGACACAUAUCAAAAACAAAUGAGUUAUAUACCUACAAAAGUUGGUGAUACGCCAGCAAAAAUCUAA